CUCCCUCCCCUUCUCUCUCUCUCUCCCUCUCUCUCUAUCUCUCUGAAGAAAGUUAGGGUUUGGAGGAAUCAAAUCACUUUACUAAUAACUGUCACCUCACUUCAAUCACUCACUUCAGACACUGUAGAUGAUUAUCCUCAGUCGCUAAUCAACAGUUUCUGGUUUCGAACUGCUGCUCGGGAAUUUACAUCUUUUGAGAAUUUAGCCUGAGCUUUUGGCAAGAAAAGCAGCGAGUAUGGAGGCCGCAAAACGUUGGUUCGGAAAGCUGCACCCUAAGUCCAAGGAUUCAAGCAAGAAGAAUGAGCCUAAGCCUAACGGGAAGGAAGGUUCAAAGGCACCAUUAAAUGAGGAAACACCUUCAGUUGCGACUAAGCAAAAGGUAGAAGCUGCCAAGCAGUAUAUAGAAAAGCAUUACAAGGAUCAGAUGAAGAGCUUACAGGAAAGGAGGGAGCGACGCAACAUGCUGGAGAAAAAACUGGCUGAUGCUGAGGUAUCUCAGGAAGAACAAAACAACAUUCUCAAGUACCUAGAGAGAAAAGAAAGAGAAUAUAUGCGCCUGCAGAGGCGUAAAAUGGGUGCUGAUGACUUUGAGCCUUUAACCAUGAUUGGAAAGGGUGCCUUUGGGGAGGUUAGAAUCUGUAGGGAGAAAUCUACUGGCCAUGUUUACGCCAUGAAGAAGCUUAAGAAAUCGGAAAUGCUUCGUAGAGGCCAGGUUGAGCAUGUAAAAGCAGAAAGGAAUUUGCUAGCCGAAGUCGACAGCAACUGCAUUGUCAAACUUUAUUGUUCUUUCCAAGACGAAGAGUAUCUAUACCUAAUAAUGGAAUAUCUUCCCGGGGGAGAUAUGAUGACAUUACUGAUGCGUAAAGAUACGUUAACAGAAGAUGAAGCCAGGGAUAUCAAACCUGAUAACUUGCUCCUUGAUAGACAUGGACACAUGAAGCUGUCUGAUUUUGGAUUAUGUAAACCACUGGAUUGCAGUAAUAUCCAAGAAAAGGAUUUCUCUGUAGGGAAUAACUAUAGUGGGGCCCUUCAAAGUGAUGGACUGCCAGCAGCUCGAAAGCGCACUCAGCAGGAGCAACUGCAACACUGGCAGCGCAACAGAAGGAUGCUCGCCUACUCAACUGUUGGUACACCUGAUUAUAUUGCUCCGGAAGUGCUAUUGAAGAAAGGAUAUGGAAUGGAAUGUGAUUGGUGGUCUCUAGGAGCUAUCAUGUAUGAGAUGCUUGUGGGGUAUCCACCAUUCUAUUCCGAUGAACCCAUGUCUACAUGCAGGAAGAUAGUAAAUUGGAGAACUUAUCUGAAAUUUCCGGAAGAAGCAAAAUUAUCAGUGGAAGCUAAGGAUCUUAUCUGUAAACUCCUGUGUAAUGUAGAGCGAAGGCUCGGUACAAGAGGCGCUGACGAAAUUAAGGCUCAUCCAUGGUUUAAAGGCAUUGAGUGGAACAAAUUAUAUCAAAUGAAAGCUGCUUUCAUACCGGAAGUUAAUGAUGAACUGGACACUCAAAACUUUGAAAAGUUUGAAGAGAUGCUUUCAUCAAAGGAUGUGAAUUUUAUGGGUUACACCUACAAGAACUUUGAAAUUGUUAACGAUCAUGAAGUUCCAGGAAUAACUGAACUGAAGAAGAAGAACAACAAACCCAAAAGACCUACUGUGAAAUCCCUCUUCAGUGAGGAGUCAAAUUCAUCAUCAGCUCAACAGGGAAGUUUCCUUAAUAUGCUACCUCCUAUAUCUGAUACCUCGACAAAAGGCGAAUACUAGAAUUCAGUUCAUCUGUUCAUAUCAUCCGACAAAGCAAAAAACAUCCCAAACGAGGAUUUAAUGUUCUUUUGAAGUGAACAGGUUUUGUUGGGCCUGUCCGCUUAAACUGUUGAUUGACCUUUGUGUAAAUUGUAUAUAUCGUAAUUUUACUCCGGCAUCUGUCAUAGGUGAUUCGCAAUAUUCUUUUUUUUUUUUUUUCGGUUCGUGAAGCUGUAGAAGCUAAUUUAUUGUUUAUAGGAUUGACUUUUCGACGGCUAACAGUUUUGAGAAACUGGUGCAUUGUUUGACAGAAUUAUCUAUUGUAUUGGAGGUUUGUGGAAGUUGUCUCAUUACCAAUACUAG